AUGAGCGAGAUUGAGAAGCAGGGAAUCAGGCUGUCCGAAAGCCAAAGGCAAUCGUUAGAUGCAUGUCCUAUAGCAAAUGCUCGGCUGAUUCUGUCCAAUAUCAAAUCUUCAAAGAGUUCAUCACCCAUGCAGAUUGUCAAUAGCAUUAAAAAACGUGUUUUACAACGAACGGACUCUCGUGGAUUUUUUGGUCGUGAACUUGAUGGUCCAACUCCUCCACAACCGGUGAUGAGCAUUGUGGACCAUCUGAGAAUGCAUGGAUGUGAUACUGAAGGGGUAUUUAGAAAAUCGCCUAAGCAAAGCACAUUAAAAGAAUGCCGUUCGGAAAUGGAACGCGGAUUGGUUCCAGAUUACACAAAGUACGGAACGCAUGUUCUGGCAUCGGUUUUGAAGGUGAAUUGCUAA